CCUACGCCCUCCCGGUUUGGCCCUGUGGCCCUAGUCACAUCUUCUGAAGUUGGUCCUGGCUUCUUCCCAACCCCGCCCCCAGACCUCGCCAGGCUCUACAGGCUUAGUUCUCUACCCCAGCCACGCCCCCGUCCUUUGCCACGCCCCCGGGCGGUGACCCGCCCUAAGCCACGCCUAGUUCUCCCCGCCCCCACACUCCGGGCGAAGUCAGUUUUAGUCUUUCGCCGGCCCUACGGAGUCUCAGACUGGUUCGACCUCAGGACACCACCAGGUCCCGGCCAUAAGAAAGCGGCGUUUCUCGGCCGGCUACUGGAAGUCGCGGCCACCGCCCAGCCCGCCCUCGGCGGCUCCCCCGUCUCCCACCCCAUCCCCGGGACCCCUAAGGGGAGCUUCCGGUGCCCCCGACCGGAAGCGGGCGCGCGGCGGGGCGAUCAUGGCGGCUUUGGCGGACCUGCCGGACUCGGUCCUCCUGGAGAUCUUCUCCUACCUCCCGGUCCGGGACCGGAUCCGCAUCUCCAGGGUCUGUCACCACUGGAAGCGCCUGGUGGACGACCGGUGGCUGUGGCGACACGUGGACCUGACGCUCUACACGAUGCGGCCCAAAGUCAUGUGGCACCUCCUCCGCCGCUACAUGGCCUCCCGGCUCCACUCCCUUCGGAUGGGCGGAUACCUCUUCUCGGGCUCCCAGGCACCCCAGCUGUCUCCUGCAUUGCUGAGGGCCCUGGGUGACAAGUGCCCCAACCUGAAGCGCCUGUGCCUGCACGUGGCGGACUUGAGCUCGGUGCCCAUCACCAGCCUGCCGAGCACGCUGCAGACCCUGGAGCUGCACAGCUGCGAGAUCUCCAUGGCCUGGCUACUGCGUGAGCAGGACCCCCGUGUCCUGCCACUGCUUGAGUGCCUGGUGCUGGACCGCGUGCCCGCCUUCCGAGACGAGCACCUGCAGGGCCUGCCGCGCUUCCGAGCCCUGCGGUCGCUGGUGCUGGGUGGCACCUACCGCGUCACCGAGACGGGCCUGGAUGCCAGCCUGCAGGAACUGAGCUACCUGCAGAGGCUGGAGGUGCUGGGCUGCACUCUGCCAGCCGAUAGCACCCUGCGGGCCAUCAGCCGCCAUCUCCGGGGUGUGCGCAAGGUCCGGCUCACGGUGGGCGGCCUCUCGCCACAGGGGCUGGCCCUGCUGGAGGGGAUGCCUGCGCUGGAGAGCCUGUGCCUGCAGGGGCCCCUCAUCACCCCAGAGAUGCCCACCCCGACCCAGAUCAUCUCCUCCUGCCUCACCAUGCCCAAGCUUCGCGUGCUCGAGCUGCAGGGGCUGGGGUGGGAGGGCCAGGAGGCUGAGCAGAUCCUGUGCCGGGGGCUGCCCCACUGCGUGGUCAUCGUCAGGCCCUCCCCCAAAGAGUCCAUGGACUGGUGGAUGUGACCGGCCCCCUGGCCCCGGGACCCAUCCCAGCGUUCACUGUUGCACCCCACCCCUCGGAGCAGCAAAUUGAAGAGAGGAGCUAAUCAGGCUGGAGGGUUCUGAGUGGAGAAAACUGGUUCCUUGGGACCCCACACAGUGCCAGCCGUGUGGCCUCCGUCCCUGCGAAGCUCUAGCUGCGCAGGUCCAUCUAGAAGUAGCAAGCCUGGAGCUCUGCCCAAGGGCACUGCAGUGCCUUGCAGCCUAACAGCCCCGGGCCCCAGCAGGGCUCCCUCAGGACAUAAUGAGUGGACGGUGGGGCUCAUGGCUGGGGACCUGAGGGUUGCACCCCUUCCAGGCCUGGCAGGGCCGUCUGCAUCCAGGGCACCCACCCCUGUGCAUGUUUACUCAGUACCUGUGCGCACACGGCAGGUGGAUCAAGGGCAAGUUGCCUUGUAGUAAUCGAAUGUUUCUAAAGGUGCUUAGAUGUAUUUUCUGAAUUUUGUAUUCUGCCUUUUUCAAGUUUUUCACAGCAUAUAUUAUUUUGCUAUUAAAUAACAAUCAUUUUUCAAAAAA